AUGGCCAUUGCCCCCCUGCCCGCCCCCGGAUUCGUGUCCAAGGAUGACGUGAAGGAGGCCGAGCGCGUGAAGCUGAACGAGGAGAUCAAGAAGAUCGGCGUCUGGUGGAACACCAACCACCCUGACGGUCCCACGUUCUUGUUCACGGACCUGGGCUUUGAUGGGCCCAUGGACUUUUGGAAGAUGAGCAUCGCGGAGCGGGCGCAGUGGCUGGACGACGGCCUCCACCUCACGCCGAAGGCAUACGACAAGAUGGGAGAUUUCAUCGCCAACGCCCUGCUCCCGCACCUCAAGAAGUGA